AUGAACGGGAUGGCCAACAUCAACCCUGCCGGCCGCAGCCACUAUGUCUCCGCCAUCCCAGUGCCCCGCGCCAUGGCCCACAGCAAGCCACAUGUCGCAGCCCCCCCGAGCACCCCCGGGCUCCCUGUACCCCAUGGGGCUCCAUCCCCCCAGCCAGAGAAGGUGCUGGCCCCCGGCCCCAAGACCCUCAAGUCCAAAGGCGCUGGCCGAUCCGCUGGCCGCGAGCCAUCCGAAGGCAGCCCUGGCAUCCCCCCCUGCGGGGGGCAGAAAGCCCCGGCGAGACCCCUGGCGUUCCCCAGGAAGUGGCCGGGGGCAGCGGCAGUGGGAAGGAGAGGGGCAGGCGGGGUGGGAGAGCCCACCGAGCUGCCCAAAGCUCCCCCAGCACAGGGCAGGGGUGGGGGGCAGCCAGGGGGGUCCCCUGGGACGGGCAGCAGGGCGACCAUGAGCCCAAGGCUGCAGGAGGACCAGGAGGAGACGGACAUGUCCCUGGGUGACAAAUGCCCCGGUCCGGCGGAGGGACCUGACCCCGAGCCCAAACCCAGAGGCCUGAACCCUGAGUCCCAGAGGAAGAGGACAGUGCAGAAUGUGCUGGACCUUCGGCAGAACCUGGAGGAGACCAUGUCCAGCCUGAGGGGCUCUCAGGUGUCUCACAGGUGA